AUGCGCUCCAGCAAGGCGUUACUCGCACCACUAACGUGGGAUCAUUUAUGGACUUCCUAUUUCUUCCUUUCAGCUAAUUUACUGACAAUCGUGACUCUGACCCGGGGAAGGUGCGGUCUCUCAAAGUGUAUCUCCCGCUACCUGUUGGCCAUGGCAAUCGCCGAUCUCAUGGUCCUGAUUGCUAUCAUCAUUUCCACUGAGAUAAAGGAUAUGUAUUUACCAGUUUCAUUCCUGGAUUACACUCCAGUCUGCAGCUUCAUUUUCGUCCUGAGCGUUGACGCCAUUGACUGUUCUGUCUGGUUAACCGUCGCCUUCACCGUUGAUCGGUUUAUCGCCAUUUGUUUGCAGAAGCUGGGUGCUAAGUAUUGCACCGAGAAAACAGCAAUGAUGGUUAUAAUGGUAGUGUAUAUUUUCUCCUUUACUCUGAACAUUGGCUUUUAUUUCAUAUUUGAGCCCGCAGAAACAAUUGAUGAUAUACCAUUGUCCUGUAUCAUAAAAUCCACCUUCUAUACGUCGCCAGCUUGGAUGGCUUACGAUUGGCUUCGGACGAUAUUAACGCCGUUUAUUCCAUUUGUGCUGAUUUCGCUGCUGAACACGUUGACCAUCAUGCACAUCACCCGGGCCACGAGAAUCAGGAGGAAACUUCUCGGGAGCAGAAAGUACGGAUGUCCUUGUGACCCAGAGACGGAGAAACGACGGAAAUCUAUCAUUUUGCUGCUCACCAUCUCGGGCAGUUUUAUCCUUCUGUGGGUGGUAAAUUUGGUCUAUAAGGUUUUUGUCAUUUUUACCGACGGCAUGUUGUUUCACGGAGACUACUCCAAUCCUUUAACCAUCCUGGGCGAAUCCGGAUUCAUGCUUCAGUGCUUAAGUUCCUGCACGAACACUGUGAUUUACGCACUGGCGCAGAAUAAGUUCAGAGCUGAGAUAGCGAUUCUACUUAAGUCACCAUUUGUUCUGGCAAGUACCUUCAUCAAAUUCUGUUCAAAAUGA